UGCGUUACCGUGUCCUCGCCCCGGCACACGGCCACGACCACAGCCCCAAGUAGGCUACCGUCUACCUCGCGUCACUCUGGUGUGCUAGAGGGGACGAGGCUCAUCACUGCCGCCCUCUCGCUCGUGCUGGGAAAACACAGCCGCAAUUACUGCUGGCGGCAAACAGACCCCCUCUAAUUCAGUAGUGGCGGCUGCUACGAAUUCUGCUCUUCAAGUAACACUCCACCUGAAGUACUUCCUGGAGGGAGGACAUCCUGACAAUUCGGCAUGUCAGCCAAAGACACAUUGAGGCGCAAUAAAACAGCCAUCCAUGAGACUUUAUGUGGAGACUACAGGUUAAUCCUCAACAAAGUUCAUGAGAGAAACCUGAUAACUGCACGUGAGUACAACAACCUUAAAAGCAUCAACAAAGAAGAUGUAGAGGGGCACGUCGUUGAGCUUGUGGAUAAGAUCAUGAAUAAAGGAGAGGACCUCUGCCAGGAUUUCCUGAACCUCCUGCAAACCGACAAGGAAAUUGAAACAACUUACCCUGAGCUGAAGAACAUACAACUGAAUGACACCUUCCUUUUACGCCAGCCCAUCCAAGCAUUUUCACGUGACAACAAUGAGAGCAAGAGGCAAAAGAGGGAGGAGCAGUACCUGUUGAAUAGUCAGCCCGUCGGCCUCUGUGUGAUCAUAAACAAUGAGAAUUUCAUGGAUGGCACAGUGAGAAGUGGAACCAACAAAGAUGCUCAAUGUUUGGCAGAGGUGUUCAGCUGGCUGGGGUUCAGAGUGCUGAUGUAUAAAGACCAAACCCAGGACCAAAUGGAUCGGGCACUGAAGUGCUUAGCUUCUCUGAGCGACCACUCUCAGCUGCAGGAGUUCAAUGUUAAGGAGUGGAUCGGCAGCAGGUUCAUUGAUCUUCAGCAGACUCCUAAGCAUGGCGAUGCCUUCAUCUGCUGUAUUCUGAGUCACGGAAAAAGGAGUGUAGUCUCCGGGACUGAUCGGAAGCCCCACUCCAUUAAACAAAUAAUUGCAACUUUCAAGGCGACCGACCAGUCAGCCCUCACCGGCAAGCCUAAAGUGUUUCUGAUCCAGGCCUGCCAGGGAGGGCAGAUACAGUCUGGAGUGCCAUUAAAUGGUCUGGAUGCUGAUGAGUCUCCUUCACUAUUCAUCCCUGAAGAAGCUGAUGUUCUGGUUGCUAUGGCCACGGUUGAAGAUCAUCUAUCAUUUAGACACAAAACAGAUGGGAGCUGGUUCAUCCAAUCUCUGUGUCAGCAGCUAAAGGAGGGUUGUCCAAGGCGUGAAGACAUCACCACCAUUCUCCACCGUGUGAACUAUGACGUAAGCCAGAAAGAAGGCUCCGGGGAGCCUGGUGCAGUAAAGCAGAUGCCUGAAGUUAGGUUUACCCUGAGGAAGAGACUUGUUUUGUCACCACAUCUCACCUGAGGCGUAGACUCCAUAAAUCAUACAAACACAGUACACUUUAUGUCCUAAUUAGGGAUGUAUAAUAAAUGGAAUUUUUACAUUCGAAA